AUGGCAAAGGAAUACCGCCCGCUCGAGGAGGAGCCUCUUACGGACAACGAUAGCAUCGAUGAGAGGUGGUCUUCAUGGAAGCAAGAACAAGAGUCCUUCCCCCAGAGGCUGAAGAAGUCAAGUCCGACAUGGGUAUGGCUAGUCCACGUCGUUCUGCUGUCGACUUCGAUGAUAUUCUUCAUGAUGUCGUUCUGUGUCAAGUCGGGGAAGAAUCAGUGUCCAGAAAUGCCCCCUACAACAUGGUACCAUACUAAUAUGCGUUCGACAGCACCGGCGGCAAGUGCUAUAAAAUAUGAAAUACAACAUUUCGACCUACCACCAGUGCCAGAAGGUCCGUUCGUUGGGAAAGGCCCUGAGGUAGACGCCAUGUGGGAAUAUAUUACAGACGCCAUCGGCGACACCAUGGUCACCCGUGAAGAAAUGCUCAAAAUGAAUAUCGACCCUGAAGGCGCGCUGGAAAUCACCGACCCAGCCACAGGCAAGCGUGGCUUCCGCGUCGCCAUCGAGGUAUUCCACCAGCUGCACUGCCUGAACCUGCUGCGGCAGAACAACUACAAGUCCUACUACAAGCCGCUCGGGGGCGACACGUCGGACGACCCGCACGACUUGCACGGCCACAUGGACCACUGCAUCGACGCUUUGCGCCAGUUCGUCAUGUGCCAGGCCGACGUCAACGUCUUUGCCUUCCGCUUCCCCUUCAACGACGGCGACCCCUGGCCUGACUACACCACACCGCAUACCUGCCGGAAUUAUGAGAGUAUUCGCCAGUGGGCAGUGGAUCAUACGGUGGCUCAGGGGCCGGACGAACCGGAACAUUAGAUAGGGGCGUGUUUGGUUUCAAAAUACCAGCCGAGAACUUCAGCGACUGAAACUACUAUUUAAGACAACACAAGCACUCAUAUGUCGAGUCCAGAUGAGGCAUCUUCAGUCUUGGGUACCAUUCCUGGACUUGCUAGAUGUUGGAAAAGACUUAAGCCAUGGGCAUUGGAUAUGGCGUUCUACACGAUAUAACAGAGGCAGGCUCAUUAGCCAACUGGAG